AUGAUAAUACCGCAAGAAUUAAGUCUUCUGAUCUUCUUUACUGCUGUAUCAGUAACUGGAAUUCCUGUAAAUCCUUACAACAAAGUGUCACCUUUUGAAUUUCGAAAGAGGCCACCUGUUUCUUGGUAUCCGCAGCUUUAUUACACCGAACGACAAUGGAAUCCACCAUGUAUCUCUCAAAACACUCCAAAUUCAUUUGAACCACAACCUCAAGCAAAAAGUCCUGCUGAUUUCAACGAGUGGAAUCUACCCGAUCCAUGCGUUUUACAACCAGCUUCAAACGAAGAACCUUUUAGUUCAAGUCAACCAUCAAGUAGUCAAGGAACAACGGUGUCACUGCAAACCAGGCAAACAAAAGCCCCUAUUUUUCCAGCAGCUGAUGAAGCAGUUCUUUCAACUACCACUAUCUCAAGCCCUCCUUUCAAAAAAACUGUGAAGAGGAUUGGGCUUUCCAAGUCACCCGCUAUUUCCAAUGAUGUCUAUUUAUUAUUGCUAGGCAAAGAACUCCCUCGAUUAUCGAAGGCAGAAAUACUGAAUAAGCUAUCUGCGAUGUUGACAGAGGAGGAAAAUGAACAGAUUGCUCAUGACAAAGCAUCCGGUAUCCGUUCAGGAAAUGUUUUAUACGAUGACGAUCUACUGUUAACAAUUGGUUCGUUGUUCAAUGGACUUAAAAAUUCGUCACUGAGUAGUAUACUAAACGGAUUCCUUAAUUUGAGGCCGUUAAUACAAUUAUUAAAUCCUAAUCGUGGUAGAAAGAAUCAAUUAGCCGCAGCGUCUGUUAAUGAAAGGCAUCAAUUUCUGUGUACUAACGAACAACUACGGAACAUUAUCUCUCAAAACAUCGACGAUAAUGGUGCCAACGGAAAACGGAACAUCCACAAAGCCAUAAAGAACAAGAUGCGUGGGAACUAUACAGUUGUCUGUUCUUCAACACAUAUGCAGUUUUUAACAGAUUCGAAAAAUUAUUGUGGAUAUGGCAACAAAGAUAAAAGCUGCUAUGUUUUUGAAACCUGA